AUGAUAAUUACAGAACAAUUGCGUUAUUCAACAAAAUUGCAAACAUUUUGGCAAGAAAUUAUCAAGAAAUAUAAAAAGAAAAGGAAAAUCAAGUAUCAUCCCAUCAAGAAGAAUAUGAAAAAGAAAAAGAAAAUCAAGAGAAGCAUUGGAACUUUUAAUAAGAUUUGGACUGAAAAAAUUGUUUCUCAAGUUAAACAAAAAGAAAAAUUAAAAAGAGCACGAGAUAAUAAUAGUGAUUCUUCUGAACUUGUUAAACAAAAAGGAAAAUUAAAAAGAGUACGAGAUAAUAAUAGUGAUUCUUCUGGAUUUAUAACAAAACAAAUUCAAAUUUUAGAACAAAAUAAAGAUAAAUUAGUAUAUAGGCAAGUUGUGAAUGAUGCUACUCUUAUUGUUUCAGCAUAUGAAAAUCUUGUUUCUGGAAAUAUUAUACCUUUUAUUGAAAUUUUAAAAACAUUCCUAUUAACAAGAUCACAAAUGUACUUAUUUUCUGCAGAUGAGCCUGUUCUUCAGGCAAUUGUUGAAAGCCUUUUACCAUUAAAAUAUUGUAUUCCUGAACUAUCACUAGUAAUGGAUGGUACAAAACCAAAAGGAUUUGGUCGAUUUGGAUAUUCAGAUAUUUUUAUUUUAAAGGGAAUAGGAAAUAAUAAUGUUAGUUUGGAAUUGAAAUACAUCUCAUUAGUUGGUUUAAUAAAAAAUCAAAAAAAAAAGUUUAAUACAAAUGAUCUGGAAAACCUAGAUAAAAUUAUUGAAAAAGAGGAUGAAAAAGUUCUAUUAAAAAGAUUAUAUACAUACUGGUCAAAAGAACAUAAUGAAACUAGACAAACAACUAUAGAAGAUAUAUUAAAUAAUGGAGUUAAUCAAUUAAAAUCAUAUAUGAAUAUCAUUUCAAAAGGGAAAACAAUUGAUUAUUAUAGUUCAGGAAUAUUUGAUAAACGAAUUAAAAUAACUAAAUCAAAUUCUAAUAAAUUAGAAGGAUUUGUUAUUUUAGUAAUUGGAUUCUUACUCAAUACUACCUAUCCUGGUAUUCCAGUAUUGUUUAAGAAUCAGCAAGCUGUAUAUUGGCGUAAAUCGGAUGUACACUAUAAUGCGCCAUACUGUUCAAAAAUCCCGGGUGGCCACCCUGGAUGCAUCCAGGGUAGCUACCCGGGAUGUAUCCAGGAUUUACCCUGGAUUAACAAACGCCGUACUGUUCAAAAAUCCAGGAUUUACCCUGGAUUGAUCCCGGAAACUGAUAAUUUAUAUCUCAUUGGCCUCAUCUUGCUUAAGGGUGAUAAUAUCAUAAAAAUUGAAUUCUUAUUGGCUGAGAUAUUUCAAUUUGAAGUUUUAACGACAAAUGUGAUAUAUCACGUGACCGAUAAUAUGGUAAAAUUUGCAUCCAGGGUAAAUGUUCAAAAAUCCCGGGUGAUCACCCUGGAUGCAUCCAGGGUAGCUACCCGGGAUCUAUCCAGGGUAAAUCCUGGAUGCAUCCAGGGUGAUCACCCGGGAUGUAUCCAGGGUCAUCCUGGAUUUUUGAACAGUACGGCGUUUGAUGAUCCAGGAGUGGUGAUCAAUAUCUAUUACAUUAACAGUUAUAUGUACAUGAAAGAAAACAUAGGGAAAUUGGAAUGCCAACUUUUGUCCCGCAUAGCAGGAUCUCACCCUUUGAGUGGAACUAUUUUAACAGGGGGUCUAUGCUAUUGA